AUGUCCAGCAGCAAUGGAAAUGGCGCGUCUGCAGUCGCGCCCGACGCUUCGUGGAAUCCCGCCCUCCGAGCGGAGACGGCAGAGGACCAUCCUCUGCCGUCUGCGGAAUCGACCAGUUUACACUUGAGCGCAAAGAACUCUGCACCGGAGAUUUUAGAUAAUCUGUCAGAGAGACAUAACGCACCAGAGGCUUCGGAUGAGAAUGGUGUUGUGCCCACGAUCGACCAUGGUGGUUCUGAUAGUCCGGUUCAGAAUCCCAUUGAAGGCGGAAAUGGGCACACUCACGCAGAGUCUGAAUCGAGCACACCACCCCAGGAAAAUAACGAGCCUGGGAUAUCGUCUGCCAAUGCCACCGGAGAUUCUGGAGAGAAACGCGCGGAUGGAUUUGAUUGGGGCGAUGACGAGACGGCUUCCGCUUUCGAUUCUAUCGGUGCUUCUACAGGGCAUGCUCAAGGCGAGGAGACGAAUGGUUUGACGAAUUCGGAUUCAGCUUUGGCAGAGUCUGCUGUUCCGAAGGAGGAUGUUGCUGCCACGGAGUUGGCUACCGACCCAGAAGAGCCCGCUGCGAGCGAGCAGACACACCUGCCAAUGUCUCAGACUACGAAUGGGGAAACCCGGGAGAAAGAGAACGCCUAUUGGAAUGAGUCGGGGAACGGUGCCACAGAUUCAGAAGACGACUUCUUUGAUCAGUUGAGGACGCAGACCAAACCAAUCUACGUACCUCCAGAAGCUGAAACUCGAUAUGAAGAGGGCAUCCCUCUCGUGGAGGAUCUGCCUGAGACACCGGUCUCGCCAGAAGCCAAAAGGGGCAGCCGAUUAUCCAAGAUUUUUGACGAUGAUUAUGAAGGUGAUGACUUCUUUAGCUCUGCGCAGAAGUCCUCUGUUCCAGAAGUGGUUCCUCCUCCUGUCAAGCGCAAGGACACGUCGGAGGUAUUAGGUUCUAUGGACUUUUCUAGGGAUGAAGAAAGUAGUGAGAGUCCAGCACCGUUUUUGCAACCUCCUGAUGGAGAAAAUACUCAGUCUAUCCAAAAGACAUCAUCUGAGGAGGACCUUGCUGCUCGAUGGCAAGCUGAAUUGGAUGACGACGACUUGUUGAUAGAUGACGAUCUCGCUGGAAAUACUCCGGCAGCUACACAACCAGUUCCGGAACCUACACCUCUGAAUGAUAUCCAACCAGCGAGUCAAAACACAGGUUACUGGCCUCAGCAAGGCUUUGUCGACUCUCAAGUCAAGCCGAAUCUAUACACGCCUCAUCAACCAUCGAUAUCAGAGCUGACACAGGGUUUACCUCUGCCGACAUACGGGCAGGGAAGCAGUCCCUUUGUUCCACCGGCAUAUUCCAAUCAGCCCCAACCGGCAGCUACUGGGGAGAAAGCUGAAAGCUUCGUACAUCGCUCAAAGGAGGGCUAUAAAUCCCCUUAUGACAUCCCAGUCGACCUGACACGUCCAAGGAGGGCGGUUAAAACGCCUAAGCCCGUCGUCGUGUCGCCGGUUACUGCUACAUCUGCGGCUACUGCCAUGCCCCCUCCUCCUCCCAGGAGCAGUAGCAUUACUAGUAUGCCGCCUCCACCGGCAGCGACGCCGCCGGCACCACCAGUGACGGCGCCCAAAAAUUUCUAUGAAGAGCUUCCUCCGCCCUCGAAGUCUCGUCCAGCAAGCAGAGGUAGAUAUACUCCACAGCCUGCUGCUGCUUCAACUGCCGUACCUUCACCGCCAGUGGCUGUACCGCCUUCUGCGCCUUUGUCUUCAGCCCCUCCCCGCCCCGCUACCGAUUCAUACGCGUCUAAGCUUCAACAGCCCGAACGCAUAGAUCCGUAUGCUACUCUUCCUGUCCCGAGUGCUCCUUCGGCAGGGCCCGGUGCCGCCUCGAGAUACUCGCCCCAGCCUCCUGGGCAACUAGCGGCCAAACCUCCACCAUCUCCGAGAUACUCCCCCGCUCCGCCUCCUCAGUCUACUGCGCCGCCUGCUCGCAAUCGCUAUGCUUCUCAACCAGCAGGUGUUGGUCCUCAGUCGAACGUCUUGCCCUUCCAGCCGCGCACGUCAAGCCCCCUCGCUCAUCAUGAGAGAAAUGCGUAUCGACCUCAAGCCUCCUUUGAAGUACCAGAAGCACAACAGGAAAGUGUAUCACCUCCUCUCCUGCAGCGAGGGCAGACUCCCGAGCACCUCAAUUCUCCGGUGCCCUCCCAGCAGAUGUCUCCCUCUAGCAACCGAUAUGCACCUCCAACCUACGUCAAUGAGUUUGCAGGGCGAGUCGAAUCGGAGCCGCAGCCGCAACCGCAACAUAUACCUCAGCCAAGGAUUCCCUCGCAGCUGCCUGCGCCUGCUAAUGAUGUGCAGUUCGCCCCUCCCCGGAGGUCAAUUACACAGUCUCCCGGGAGACAGCUAGCUGGUCCAAGUCUGUCAAUGACUACGACUGAACCAUUCCAAAGACCUGCUUCUGUGCAUGAUCCUAGCUCCCCAACAAAAAGUGUUAAUCCGUAUGCUGCCUCUGCGCGAACAUUGCCGCAGCAGCUUCAGUUUAUACCUCCAACCGAUGACCAGCAAUUAGAUCCUCUUGAACGCUGGAAGGGAGCCCCUAUCAUCGGCUUUGGCUUCGGAGGCGGUGUCACUACGUGCUUUCCUAAACAUAUCCCUCGAUACACAGCUGGAAGUCUCGCACCACAGAUUAAGCCUACGCCUGGGGAGGUGAAGAUACGUCAAUUUCGUGAUAUCUUGCCACCUGCGGAAAAUAUAGUACAGUACCCGGGCCCUCUGAAAUCGAAGUCAAAGAAGAAGGAGGUCAUUGCUUGGUUAUCAAGCAAGAUCGCUGAGUUCGAGAACUCUGGCAUCUCGGAGGCUUCUCGUCUGCACCCGGAGCCUGACAAACGCCAUGAAGAGAAAGUACUCCUUUGGAAGAUAGUCAGACUCCUCGUGGAACAUGAUGGCACUUUAGAAGGAUCGCCUGAUAUUCAAAAAUCCAUCCGCAGUGUUCUGUUCCCGGGUCUCGAAACCUCUGAGACCGAGCAGCUAUAUAGCAGUGAUCUCAAUGCAUCUGGCAUAUAUCAGCCCACUGGGUCGUCUUCUCAGCCUGAUGCUGUGGAUUUCGUGACUCUCCAGAAAAUUCGAAAUGACCUUCUUGCUGGCGAGCGGGAGAAGGCAGUCUGGAAUGCGGUGGACGGCCGUCUAUGGGGCCACGCAAUGCUGAUUUCGUCGACGCUGGACCGGUCUGUCUGGAGACAGGUGGUCCAAGAAUUUGUUAGAAGAGAAGUGCGCUCUGCUGGUCCCCAUAGUGAAUCUCUCGCGGCACUCUAUGAGAUAUUCGCAGGAAACCUCGAGGAGAGCAUAGACGAACUGGUCCCUCCUUCUGCUCGGGCAGGUUUGCAGAUGGUGAGCAAACUAGAUGGCCAGGGGCCUGCCAAGAAUGCGCUUGAUGGUCUAGAUAGCUGGCGUGAUACUUUAGGACUGGUCUUGGGAAACCGCAGUGCCGAUGACUAUCAAGCCCUGGUUGCGUUGGGUCGACUACUUGCCUCCUACGGUCGCACAGAAGCUUCUCAUAUAUGCUACAUAUUUUCGCAAGCCAUGUCACCUCUCCAAUUAUUCGGCGGCGUGGAUGAUCCGCAGGCAAAUGUUGUACUUCUUGGAGCUGACCACCGCCAAUUUCCUACUACCUUCUUCCUUGAUGAAGAUGCGGUUCUUCUGACGGAGGUUUACGAGUUCGCUACAGCAGUGCUGAAAAAUUCCCCGGUUGCCGUUCUGCCACAUCUUCAGGCAUUCAAAAUCCAAUAUGCGAUGGCUUUGGUCGACAGUGGACGAAAGGCAGAAGCACAACAAUACUGUGAUGCAAUCGCAGCUACCUUGAAGGCGAGCACGAAACCUUCCCAUUAUUACCACCAGCGCCUAUUCUCGGAGCUCGACGAAUUGUCCACCCGCCUCAGGCAAGCGCCUGCUGAAGGUGGUUCGUCUUGGAUAUCGAAGCCCAGUAUGGAGAAGGUGUCGGGAUCUAUGUGGGCCAAGUUCAACAGCUUCGUUGCUGGAGACGACAGUGAAACCGCUCCAAACGGCUCUCCUAAACCAGGUGAGGAUAUCGGGCCUUUCGCCAAGGUUACUGGUACUCCGACCGUGAGCCGCUCUCCGUCGGUGUCGGAUCUGUACGGAUCUUAUCCUGCGUCAGCGCCGCAGCCUAUUCCGAGUACGUCAUCACGAUAUGCUCCGGGUAAUCAGUAUGCCCCGAAUGGGUCUCCUGAACAGUAUCGUGCAAGAUCAUCCCUGGACUCUCAGCGUUCUCCGUCCUUCGGCUUCCCGUUUGGUCAGCGACGUGGCUCGCAGGAGCCAUCUACCCCAGGCGAUACCAGUUCAUAUCAGGGCGGGGCUUUCAAUCCUUAUGGCUCGCCGGCUACUUUCGGCUACCAGGCUACUCCCCCACAGUCAUCUUACAUGCCUCUAGCGCCAGUAGAGGAGGACUUGGCCUCCCAAACGUAUCCACAACAAGGUGUCAGCUCACGACAGUCUUCGAUGUCGGGUGGUUAUAAUCCAGGUCACACUUUCCGCCAGAAUUCGUUUGGACAGCCCCUUCAUCCCCAAGAGCCUGCCGGUUACCCGGUAGCAAGUUCUACCUAUGAACCUCCAUCUGGCGGUACAUACGAACCUCCGUCAUAUGAACCGGAAGGCACAACGACUCCGGAAGACCAGGCCGAGUCACCUGUUGAGAAGCCGAAGAAAAAGUCCUUUAUCGAUGACGACGAUGAUGAUGACCUGGCCGCUCGCGCGGAAGCACUCAAGAAGGCCGAAAAGGAGAGAAAAGAUCGUGAGGCGGAUGAGGCGUUCAGGAGAGCUGCCGAAGCUGAUGCCAAAAAGCCUGCGCAAUCCGGCAAGAAAGGUUGGUUCGGCGGUUGGUUCGCAGGGAGGAGGGACAGCGAGACUUCUAACGGUGGUGGUCCUAUCCGCGCAAAGCUCGGCGAGGAAAAUUCCUUCUAUUACGACCCCAAUUUAAAGAAAUGGGUCAACAAGAAGGAUCCUAACAGCGCCAAUACCGCGACGCAAGCUACACCACCGCCGCCCAAGGGGCCUGCUCCGCAGAGCAGAGCCUCCAGCUCUGGCAGUGGUGCUGCCCCUACUGGUCCCCAAGCGCCUUCAAGCGGUCCAGCAUUUGCGGCUUCUAUGACACCCCCUUCGGUCGCCCCGCUACGCUCCGGCAGUCCAGCUACACCGUCGCUAGCUACGCCUCCAAAUUCUUUGCCACGAUCCUUGUCAUACGGUGCAGCAGCGAACUCGACGCCUCCUGCGGGCUCUAGCCUCGCGCCACCCUCUCGACCGUCCACUUCACUAAGCAAUGCUAGCUCGAUAGAUGAUUUGCUUGGGGCCCCGCAACCCCGAAAGGGAGGUACUGCCAGGGGAAAGAAGAAGGGAAGAGGCUACGUCGAUGUCAUGGCGAAAUGA